UCUUGCUAUGGUCAGGUCUAUGCUCUCUGUGCUCUUGAAAAGUUUUGGUUCCUCACUACAGUUAGCCGUAAACGACCUCUGUGUAAUGGAUAUGCAAAGGAGCUUCCCAUGUGCAAAAAGAAAUGUCUCAAAACUCUGGCCAGAUAUGAGGCUGACACACGUACAGACAGGCAUGACAGACAGACAAGCUGUGGCCCCUUCUGCACACCUGAAGACUGUGUGAAUGUAGCGACAAAAAACCUGACUGAUACUAAGAGCUUCUUGGGUGACAUAUUGUCCUGGGCUGACACACAAACCUCUGUAAAGAAAUUGUUGUUGCAUCUCAAGUUCAAACAAGCCACUGAUCACGUCUUACUCGACAAAUCAAUCAACAAGACAUUUUUGGAGUUUCAGCACAACAUCACAGAGGAAUGUGGUGCAGUGGACAAGCAGCAUUCAUGGGCUGUCAUUGAGAAACAGGAGGAGAUUAUUAUGUAUGGACCUUUCUAUCCAAAGUACAACAAGGGAAAACACAGCGAGGACUUCAUAAUCAAACAAACCCAGGAACUUCUGGAGUCAGAGGCUGCCUCAGAAGGCGGGAAGGUGUAUGUUUUCACCAAGAACAGCCCCUGUUUGGCUAGAAAUACAGAUGCGUGCAUGCUAAAUUUGGUUCAGAAAGCUAAGGAGUGGUGGACUGUGUAUCGAGUGAAGACUCAUAUUGGUUACGUGAAAUGUUGGGGCUUCAAAGGAAAUAAAGAAAAUGUCUUCAGGGAUAUUCACUUCAGCCAAGUGGACUGUAUCGAUCAGACUGAGGACUAUGAGAGCUAUGUGAAAGCAGCUGAAGAGACUGAUCUUAAUCCUGCGUGUGAAAAUGUGUUUUCUGCUGUGAAACGCCUCCUGAGAUCUGCAGAUUUGGCUUUUAUAAACACCGUGCAAGACCAGGGCUGCAAGAGCUUUAAAAGAAUGCAUAGUAUUUUUGACGGCAAACCAGAAGAGGAGAAAGACAUUCAGGAGCUAAACAGAAUGAUCAAAGCUGCACAAGUCCUGCUCCCAGACAAAAAAGAAAGUUUGGAGGAACAUUUAAGAAAAGGACCUACUUUUGCAUUUGAGUACGCUUUUAGCUCACAGAUGUCUGAUGCCAAGCAGGGUCAAAUAAGGCUCACAUUUCAACAGUGUUGGACGGAGAUGGUGCAGGACAAAUAUGCUAAGUUCAUCAGGGAGAAGCUGACUGAGGACUUCAAUCAAUGCACUGUGCAGCUUUUUAUCAAAGAUGUUGUAAGCUUCACAAAAGAAUACUUACAAAUUGGGAGGAUACAGUUUCCAGAAGAAGCUUCACAAGUUCCCCAAUGACUAAACUUCGCCAAGAUGAAGAGGAAGUCACUAAGACUAGAUGUCAAAUAUUUUUUUUUCAGUAGAAUGAUAUACCCAAAACGAUUACAUCAUACAAACCAUUGGUUUUCUGUCAAAAUGCUUGGUCUUUAUUAGCUUUCUCAGUAGAGCUACAGUUGCACACAGAGGAAGGGCAUCAGAGUGUUAGUGCACACAUGUCCGUCUCUCAUUGUGUCUUUACUUACAAUAUAUCACAAAUGGUGUAUUAAAAUUAUACUGGAGUGGAGUUUUCACAUAUAUGCUCAUAUAUUUGUUGGUAAUUACAUGUGAUGAUAUCCCACAUUUACACGUUACCCCCCCAUGCUUGUAAGAAUGCAAGCAAAUUAAAGCAUUGAGUAUUUAUAAUAAUCUGUACAUUCUUGAUACAAUAAGCCGUCACAAAAUCAAACAACCUUCAGCUAACACAUGAUAAUUAAAUGAUUUUUAGGUUUGGGGUUGAGCCUUUAAUAAUAAAUACUAUCUACCAGAUAUUUUUCUUUUUUUGAGGCCCUCAGGUAUUAAAGUUUUCUUACGGAUGCACAUCUGCUCUUGUGUCAGCAGAGGGAGCUAUGUGCCAUAUUCAGAACGUGCGACAUAGCAAUAGGUAGUUUCUCAUGUAUUCUUUCAAAGCGGUGUCAAUACUGACAUGUGUUUUUUACACUUUAAAUCAAAAGGCACACAGUUCAGGCAACUGAUCAAGAAACGAGAAGCAACCAGGGAGCUUCUUCUAUUGCACUGGCCUAAUAAAAUCCUUUCUCUGGUGGGGAGUGAUGGAUAUCUUGAGCAAUUUUCUUAAAGUUACAGUAGGUUUAAUGCUACAGAAUAGCUUCUUUGUAGAUUUAAAUGCACUGUGAAAUUAUGCAUGUGGAUUACAAAUAUUGGUAUCACAUUUAAAUCCGUGUAAUCAAUGAGGAUUAUUAAGUAACCUGAACAUUAUGGCUCAGAACAGUCUAAAUACACACAUGCACACAGAAGGAUUCACACUUGUAUUUCAUGAUCCACAAAAGGAUUCACAAUUGUAUUU